UCAUCUGUACCAUGGCUUUCCCUGAGCUGUCAUAGGGACUUCUGGGGGAAUUUCGGUGAUUUCCACCAGGUUUCUUGGGAGGAAGAUUGUGAGGCGAUCCCUUUAAUUUUUUUUUGGAGUGAAGACGAGGUUUGUUUUGUCUUGGGAUGUUGGAGCGCCAUCCAUCUGAAUCUGUUUUACGCGCGCGAAUCAUUUGGCGCUCCAUCGUCGUCACAUUGUACCGUCAUCGGUGGGGAAUUCGGCCUUUACCGACAUCAUACCGUCUUGCUUUCGCGCACUCGUACCGUACCCCACUGCUCCAGUGUGUUGUCCAAGACACUCCACUUCACUUCGAUUAGAAAAGUCACGGCAAACGGACGUUCUCUGGAUCACACGGAAUCUCAGAGUCGCGCAUUAACACCCAGAAAUUGUGCAAAUUUUUCGUAUCUCUUCUCCAAACCCAAACGUCCCAUCUUCUGUGGGCCCUUUAAAAAAUAUAUAAUCAUCCUAAAUUGAGUUUUGUGUGCCGAAAAAGCUUUGUUUGUGUCACAAAAGCACUGAGAAAAGAGACUUUUUGGUUGCUGGCUUUUUUUGCUAUUCUGUGAAUCAUCUGUGGUGGGUCGCGUAUAUAGGCGAGAAUGCAAGAAAACAAAAACAACACAUAAAAUUCGUAUUGCCUCCCCGCCCUGCUCGUGCUUCCCGCCGAGACGGGAAAACCCUUAUAUACAUAUAUCACAACGAGAGGCCUAUAGUGGUCAAGUCUCGAGCGCUACAGCACUGCACACAGUCGCAGUAAAAAGUGAAAAACCCGAGCUAUUAGCAAUCACCAUAAAACAUAAGAAAAAAAAUUUUCUCAAUUUACCUUUUGAAGUUGUUGAAGCAAGCAAAAAAUCCACAACUUAAUUCACAAACACCCAUUUGGUCUUUUUCUCUCAUAGCACACAAGCAAGAAAGCAAAUAUUUAUCGGACUGUGUGAAUUGAAUUUACGUAGAAUAACAAUCUUCUACAUUUUUUUUUUUAUUCUUUAUUCUUGCUCCACCGAUCGGUGAUUCUCUAUUUCACAUUUCCCUCCACACAGCACACAUAGACGCGUGUGUGGUUUAAUAGACAAGAAGAAGACAUAAUAAACGAAGAAGUGUUGCAAAAAGAAAAAGCCAAAAAAAGCGCAAAGGAGCGAAUUCAGCUGACAAAUCGUGCAGAACAAUCCUCUCUAAAUUUGGUGAAUUAGAGUUUUUUUCUUGGGGGUGGUGGUUUGUGCUAUCUUCAAUUUUUUUCUGUGUGUGUAACCAAGCAAGGAAGGAGGCGUCAAGAUGGCUGAGGAGGAAAUCGAAGGAGAGCAUCAUGAAAAUAAAUUUGCCCUUCGCAAUCGUGGACGCAAAGGUGCGCUGAAGAAGAAGAAUAUCUACAAUGUGAAGGAUCAUCGCUUCAUACCGCGCUUCUUCAAGCAACCAACCUUCUGUUCUCACUGCAAGGAUUUCAUUUGGGGCUUUGGCAAGCAGGGAUUUCAGUGCCAAGUUUGUUCAUUUGUCGUCCACAAGAGAUGUCACGAGUACGUCACAUUCAAAUGCCCCGGAGCUGACAAAGGAGCUGAUUCGGAUGCUGUUCGAAAACCACAUAAAUGGCAGGGACAUACAUUUAUCACACCAACUUUUUGCGAUCAGUGUGGAUCGAUGCUGCACGGACUAGCCCAUCAGGGUAUAAAAUGCCAAGCAUGUGACAUGAAUGUUCACAAACGAUGCGAGGAGAGUGUUCCAAAUCUAUGUGGGUGCGAUCACACUGAACGUCGAGGGCGUAUUCAGCUAGCAAUUUCAUGUACAGCUAAUAAGCUCACUGCUAUAGUGAAACAGGGCAGGAAUUUAAUUCCAAUGGACCCCAAUGGCCUGAGUGAUCCGUACGUGAAACUAAAGCUCAUCCCCGAUACGGAUAAUGUGAAGAAGAAAACCAAAACCAUCCGAUCAACGUUGAAUCCUGAAUGGAAUGAAACACUCGCCUUUGAUUUAAAGGCGGAAGACAAGGAUCGACGUCUAUUAAUUGAAGUGUGGGAUUGGGACAGAACUUCCAGGAAUGACUUUAUGGGUUCACUGUCUUUUGGAAUAUCGGAAAUAAUCAAGAAUCCAGCUGAUGGAUGGUACAAGUUGCUCACUCAGGAGGAAGGUGAAUUCUACAAUGUUCCCGUACCUGAUGAGGCAGCUGACUUGGCACAGAUCAAGAGUCAAAUGAGGAAAACAUCCAUUACAAAGAAAAUUCCAGUGGCAACAGACCGUGAUAUUCCACACAAUAUGAGCAAGAAGGACAUGAUUCGUGCAACAGAUUUCAACUUCCUGAUGGUCCUAGGCAAGGGCUCCUUUGGCAAAGUGAUGCUGGCCGAACGCAAGGGAACGGAUGAGUUGUAUGCCAUUAAAAUACUCAAGAAGGACAUUAUUAUUCAGGACGACGACGUUGAGUGCACGAUGGUGGAGAAGAGAGUAUUGGCUCUGUCCAGCAAACCCCCCUUCCUCGUACAGCUACAUUCCUGCUUCCAAACUAUGGACCGUCUCUACUUUGUGAUGGAAUUCGUAAAUGGUGGUGAUCUCAUGUUCCAAAUUCAGCAAUGCGGAAAAUUCAAGGAACCCGUAGCAGUAUUCUAUGCAUCUGAGAUAGCAAUUGGUCUUUUCUUCCUCCACUCUCGUGGCAUAAUCUAUCGUGAUCUAAAGCUGGAUAAUGUUCUCCUGGAUGCCGAUGGACAUAUCAAGAUUGCUGACUUUGGCAUGUGCAAAGAGAACAUUUCCUACGAUAAAACAACCAAGACAUUCUGCGGCACUCCUGACUACAUUGCACCAGAGAUUAUCCUCUAUCAGCCCUAUGGGAAGUCAGUGGAUUGGUGGGCGUACGGGGUGUUGCUGUAUGAGAUGCUCGUGGGGCAGCCACCGUUUGACGGGGAGGACGAAGAGGAGCUCUUUGCGGCCAUUACGGAUCACAAUGUGUCAUACCCGAAGAGCCUUAGCAAGGAGGCGAAGGAUGUGUGCAAGGGCUUCUUAACAAAGAACCCCCAGAAGCGACUCGGGUGCGGGGCCCGUGGUGAAGAGGACGUCCGUGGUCAUUCAUUCUUUAGGCGCAUUGAUUGGGACAAGAUUGAGAAUCGAGAAGUUCAGCCACCGUUCAAACCUAAAAUUAAACACCGCAAGGAUGUGUCCAAUUUCGAUCGGCAAUUCACAUCGGAGAAGACAGAUCUCACCCCAACUGAUAAGCUAUUCAUGAUGAAUUUGGAUCAAACCGAAUUUAUGGGAUUCUCCUAUUUAAAUCCGGAAUUUGUGCAGCACAUCUAAAGGAAAUUUCGCGGAUGUUGUGCAGAUGCCAAAAAAGUGCGUACGAAGGGAACUUUCUUCGACAUUUCUUACCGUCUUGAUGCCAUUUUUUACAGCUAAUCUCACGACAUUUUAAUCAAUUCUUGUGAUUUAUCGGAACCAAUCAAUGUUUAAUGAGCGCCACCCCCAUCUGCCCGUUUGAGAUACAAAAGGCACGUUUGGCAGAGAAACGUUAGUGCUUUCAAAUUUAGCGUGAUUAAGGGAGAAAAGUCUUUAUAAUUUCCUUCUAUUAACUCCCUUUAAUGAAAAACUAAAAAAAAAUCCUUCGCAUCGAGACCACUUUUGUGAUGCGAGAAAAAAGAUUAUUUUGAAUGUUGCUCACAUUCCCCACAUUUUGCAUUAUCUCCUCCAUCUAUGUUGGGCACAUCGCUAUAGAGAUCCUUUCAGGAUACUUUUUUGCUUCCAUUUUGCACUGUGGGGAAGUUGUGUGAAAGGCAGCAUUCACUAUUAAAAUGGAUAUUAGAUCCUCUCAAUAGUUGGAUGCAAAAUUGCUAAAAUGUGCAUCCAGACUUCUCACAUUCACUUCGAAUGGAUAAAUAUUUACAUGAAGUAGAAAGAACAAAAAAGGAGCUUUUACAAGGGGAAAGCAUUGAUGUGACGUGGUGUACAAUGAAAAAUUUUAUUUCUUAAAUUCAAAAGAUUUUUUAAAGCCUUUAAUGUCCACAUAAAACCAUAAAACAUUCGAUCUUUUCAUCGCUAUUAUUUAUUCUAUUGAUGGUCCAAGAGGACAUUUUUCAGAAAAAAACGCCUUUUUGGCCUUUACUAUGUGAAUUUAAUGAAUUUACAAUUUAGAAAAAACAAUUAAAUUCAUUAAAAUUCUGAAAAAUAUAAUUUCACGUUUGAAUCAACGCAUGAAAAAAUGUGAUCCAAAGAACGUGAAAGGGUUAAAGCGAAUUUAUUCUGUGAAAAAUUCUGCAUUAAUAUGUGUAGGGAAAUAACAUUUACCUACCUACUUUUACUUCAUGGAAAGAAAAUUAGGAUAAACCGAAAAAACCUUUUGUUUUUGAAAGAAAAUUAAGACCAAAGUUUAAGGUUAGGAAUAAUGGAUCCUCCAAGCGGUUCAUCAGUUAAUUGAUUAAGUGGAUUAAGUAUUAGCCAUUUGAUCAGCCUAAUCGAUUAAUCGAAUAGAAGUUCUAAGUAAUAGGCUGAAAUAAAGUUAUGGAAAUUUGAAAAAAUCCAAAAUGGCGUCGAAAAGUCAUAAUUUUUCCAACCUAACGCUUAUUAAGCUAAGAACAUAACCUCACAUUUGAUUUUAAUUUCUAUUUGUUAGAUAGAAGUCAUUCUCUUUCAGUUAAAGCUUUCAUUUGACAAAUAAAAAAAAAUAUCCUGUCGUACGUUUCCUUUGGCUUCACCCGGAUCUACGGAUUGUGGUUUCUUGACUUUGAGGCUAUAAAAAAUUAUGUUUUCACAAAAUUUACAUGAAAAGAAGAGUUUAGGAACUCUUUACGGGAAAUUUUGAAAUCAUUAAAUUCAGAAUUGUCUUUUGAUGUUAGAUUUUGUGAAAAUUUCGAAAAAUUUCUGGAAAAUUUUGGGGUAAUAAUUUAAAUAAAUAAAUGUAUUUUUAUCGAAAUCUUGAUAUUAAAAUAUUAUCGAUAUUAGAAAUAAAAAAAAAAGAUUAUAUCUUAUUCUAUUUCGUUAUUCAAAUAUUCUCUUAACUAUUAAAAUUCUGUUAUCUAAAAAAACUUUCUUAAAAAAAAAUGUGCGCAAAGGAGUUAAACCUUGCAAUGUACACCACCUUGCGCAAUGCAUUCCCCUUGAAAGAAAAGAGCUAAAAUAAUAAAUAAGAAGAAUCAUAAAGUCUGUCACAAGAAUUUCAGUCAAGUAGUGGAGGUUAUAUACUUUUCUAAUCUGUACUAACUGCCAUUUAGAACGUAAAUGUAUUUUUAACUAUUUUUACCUGUCAAAAAUGAUGCUAUAAUUACAUUUUUCUAGAUUUAUCUUCUCAGAAAACUUUCUCUUAAAAUUCUUUUUUAUAAAAUAUUUUUUUUUAGAUUGAAAUAUCUUCAAUUAGAGAGAAUAAUAUUUCCCCUAAUACGAGAAUAAAAGUCCUUUUUAAUUUUUUUUUUAAUUUUGAGGAUUAUAUUUAAAUCAAAAUAUCCCACCGUAAAGCCUGGCACAUAAAACACUUUACAGAGAAUUUAUUGCAGUUUAGCCAAGUGAAAGGUUAACGCAGAGAAAAAAAUCUUUUUAAAUUUGUGUUUCAAAGCUCGACUAAAUCAACGACCAGGAUUUUUAGGAUUUCAACGUGUAAACUAUCUUCUGAAUUAUAUAUUUGAGGAUAGAAAUGGGUGAAUUAUAUAGACAAUUUAAUAAACAAGAAAAUGAAAUAAAAUAACAAAAAAACAACUCCUUUCCUAACUUCCAUUUGUGUAAUAAAAAUAUCAAAUAUACAAGAAAAUAGAUUAAAAAAAAAAACAUAAAAAAACUUAUUUAGAAAAAGGAAAAUAAACAUAACUUCAAGCCUCUGAACAAUGGAGAGCCCCGUUGCUCUUGAAAGGUUUGAAAGUUACUCCCACACAUUGUGUUGAAGAUAUCCUCUUUGGAAGAUUAAAAAAAAUCCUACAAUAUAUAAAAAAAUGAGUUUUUAAAUAAAUUCUCCGUCUUAUAAAUAUUAAAUGAAGCAAAAAAAAGUUUGGAAAACUUCUGCUAAUAAAAAAAGAAAUAUUAAAAUAAACAAUUUCUUUUGAAAAUCUCACUUUAUGUUUUCUAAAAAAUAAAAAAAAAGUCUUUUAUAAAAGAAAAUACUUUUCAAAAAUUAGCGACGGAGAAUUUAUUUGAAAUAAAUUUAAAAAAUCACAAAGAAGUGGUGGAAAUUUUAUUAAUAUAAACAUAAGUAGGAGAAAAGUUUAUUAAAAUAUGUGUCAAAUAAAUAGAAUUUAAUGAUAUUUUCACAUUCUUUAAAACAUAAUAAAAAAAAGAUGAACAUUUUAAAAUUUUAUUGAUGUAUAAUUCAUUCAAGAGCAAAUAUAAUAAAAUAGAAUUAUUAAUAAAAAAACAUCUUUUCUAAAAAAUAAAAUAAAUUAAAACUCUUAUUCAUAUUGAAGAUUUUUUCAAUUUUUCUUUUAAACUUUUUCUAUCUUAUUAUUAAUUUGGGAACCCUCUUGGAGCAUUGAUUACUUAUAAGGGUAAUGGGAGUUAAAGGGAAAUUGAAAGCAGAAAUUAAAUUUUUGUUUAAUUUUUAAUGUAACUUAAUUUGAAUUCCCGUAUUUUAUGCUGGAGUGUUGGAAAAAAAACAAUCAAGCUUGGAUUCGAACCCAGGAGAUUAAUCUUAUAACACCACAGCUCUAUAAAUCAUACUAAAAGCCGAUAAGAAAAAAAUAUUAGAAAUAAUUUAAAGAAAAUUUGGAAAUAGCUUUGUUUUUUAUGCGUGAAAAUCUCUUUUUCUUACGUUAAAAUAAGUUGAUUUGCUUUUCAAUUUUUUUAAUGAAAAAUAAAAUAUAAUUCAAAAUAUUGGAAAGAAUUAAACGUAAGACUAACCGGACUAACCUAAAAUCGGUUACAGAAUCUAAUACAGAUACUACACUCUUCCAUUGUCCCCUUAAAUCUUUGCUCCAUCAUUUUUAUUAUUAAUUAAAACUUUAAAAAAAAACUAAAAUAUUUUUUUUUUUGAUUAAAAAAAAUCUCCACGUCUUUAAAAAAAAAAGUAAAAAACAAACAUUCAAAAAUUGUAAAUAUAAAUUUUCAGCCACUUUCAGAGAAAAUCGUGGCCAAUUUAGCGUACUACAUACAAAUAAAAUAAUAAAAUAUUUAAAGAAAAAAAAACAUUUCUCGAGUGCUUUUUAAUAUUGAUGAAAACAUAAUUUCCAUUUAACAAAAAGAAAAAUUAAGACAACAAAAAUUUUAUUGAAUUAUUAAAAAGAGAAAUUUCAAAAAUAAAAUGAAACAACUUUUAAAAAUAAAUUAUAUUUAAGCACUUUUUGACAAUCUAAUUGUAGGUAAAAAGUAUAUUGAAAAAUAAAUUUAAAAAAAUGUUUAUUCAUUGAAAAUAAAAUAUAUUUGCUUAGUAAGUUAUAAAUAAUUUUCUUGAUGUAAACUGACAUUAAAAAAAAAGAUAUAAGACAUGGUCUUUGUUCAUCAUUCCAUUGAAAUAAAAAUGAUAAAUUAUAAAAAAAAAUUAAAGAUAUAUAAAUAAUUUUAUUCAUUGAUACAAAUUAAAUUAAAUUAAAUACUCUCCUGACAACAUUUUAAAGAAAAAUCUUCCAUUAGAUUUACUUGGAGAACCGAAAAUUAAUUUAAAGAAAAAUAAAUAUUUUGUUGUAAAAAAAUUAUUUCGAAUAAUUAAUUUAAAAAAUAAAUACUUGAAUAACAUAUAAAACUUUUAUUUUAAAGCACUUUUUAGCGUAUACUCAAAGGAUAUUCGUAAUGCAAAAAGAAAUAUAUAAAUUUUAUUGAAAAACAUUAAUAAAAAAAACUUUCCUUUAGUUAAUACGAUGCGCGUAACUUCAUCAUGCUCUAUGAAACGUAAUUUCCGUUCUAUUUUAUACCUUUUCUUAGACAUCACCAACUGUAUGGACUAAGAAAAAAAUAAGUUGUUUCUUAUGACUAACUAUAGAAAAAGACGGAUUGAGAUUUACAAUGAUAGUAUCAAAAUAUUAUUAAAUUAAAAAAUAUAAAUAAAAGAAAAAUGUGUAUUAGAAAAAUACUUUAAAAAAAAAUGCGAUUGAAAAGAAAUUUAGCAAUUUAUCUAUAAAAGGGGAUUCUUUUGUAUCCACUUUAUUGACUAACACUCUCUUACUAUAUAUAUAAAUUAUAUAUUAAAUUUAGUUAAAAAAUAAUAAAAAAAGAGAUGUAAAAGAAUAUAAUUAAUUGUUGCAAUAAAACAUACAAAAAAUGUUAUAAUUUGUUUACAAAAAAAAACUCCAAAUUACAAAAUGAAAAAUUUAUUGUUGAAAGUUUCAUGAAAAAAUGUGAAAAUUUUAUUUCCAAAAUAGACGCCAAAGUCUCUUUACAGUAAAUUAUAAAAAAAAAUAUUUAAAAGAAAAAUUAGAAAACAAUUCUCAAUGAAAAAAAUAUAUCAAACAUAUUAUAUUUACAUAUUAUCAUAAUUCAAUUAAAUAAACCACUAUAUACUCUUUCAACUUAAAA